AUAACAUAAUACAUUUAAAGAUGGGUGAUUGGCUUGGAAGUGUUGUUAAUUCUUUUGGGAAUCUUGGCAAUGCGGAGACAAAGAAAAAUAUCUCAUCGUCGGAUAAAGAUGGGUGUCACAUAUACGCAGUUAUAGUUAUGCGCCACUAUGCGCAAAAGGAAGCAUGUAGGCUCACAGCGGAAUACGAUUUUUCGACUCUACCAAUGUAUAUGGCUAAAAUAUCUCGUGAAGUGACCGAUUUGGUGUCAAGGACCACGGCACAAGAAGCACUACCUGACGAGUCGAAAUGCGUAGAUAUGGAAAACAACAUGGGAAUGUUCUAUGUCAAAGCUACUAGUGAUUUACCACCAAGUCAACUUGUUUUUAUAGUAGCUGUCAAUAAACAUUGCACAAGAUACCAAGCGCUCCAAUUUCUUCAAGAAGCCAUGCAAAUAUAUAAGGUACAAGAAAACGUCUAUCGUGACAACACUGGUGAAGCUUUAAAGUGUCCAGCACUACGAACUUUGAUGGAUCAAUACAAGGGAAAGCGUGACGUUUUGGUUGACGCACAAUCUAAGUUGGAUGAGACAAAACAAAUUGUGAUGGAUACGUUGGACAAAUUGAUAAAUAGACAGGGAAACCUGGAUGAAUUGAUCGCAAAAAGCCAGGACAUGACCCAAUCUACAGCUAGACUUAUGAGGGAUGCUAGACGACGCAAUAGUUGUUGCUCGGCGAUGUGAGCCCCAAGGCCCCAGUCAAAAUACACUAACUUAAC